GAACAAAUAGUUCCAUUUCCUAUUUCAACUAUUUCUCAGUAACUAUAUGUGUACAGGUGACUAGAUCCCGCCUCUCUGUUUUCAGAUAUUCUAUUGCUCCCUCUAGCAGAUGUGAAUUGUGAAAGUAAUAUGACCUCAGACGAAGACGAUUUCUCGGAUAACGAACAUUUCCGGGAAACAAGGUCAAGCUCAGAGAACGCUCACGACACCACUGCAAGCGGUUUAUCUGUCAGCGGAAAGCUGAGAAGACAGUUUGCUCUAUCAUUAUUCCUUCAAAAUCCAAAAGAUAAUGCAGUGUGUUCGCCAGUAUCUGCCCUAAUGCCUUUAGGGAAACUAGUACUUGGUGCUGAAGGGGCCACUAGCAAGGAACUUCUUGCAGCUAUCGGAGUAAACAAGAUAUCUGAGGCGAAAAAGCAUUUCAAAACAUUGAUAAGUGAAUUGAGACUCAUCUCUGGCGUGACAUUGAACAUCUGUAGCGGAAUAUAUCUCAACAAAGAACAUAAACUCAUGAGUAAAUUCGAGAAAGACGCAAAAAGCACAUUUGGUACAGAUGUAGAAAAAGUAGACUUCAAUGACCCGAAACGUGCGGUUAAGAAAAUCAAUGCAUGGGUAUACAAGCAUACAAACCACAAAAUCAAAAAUAUAUUAAAGCCGACAGACGUGUCACCAUCUACGUCUGUGGUUCUGGUCAACGGUAUUUACUUCUCGAUAGUGGCAAUCCCAUACAAAGAUAACAAUAAAGUAUCAUUCGUUGUAGUUCUUCCCAAAUCCAAAACUCCAUCGUCUUUGACGUUGCUGUUGAAGGAACUCAAAAGGGCUCCAGACAUGCUCAAGAAUGCAAUGAACGAAAUGAAAUAUCAAUCAUUGACUCUUUCUAUACCGAAGUUUAAAAUUGAAACUAAAUUUGACCUCAAUGUUCAAUACAGAAACAUUGGACUAAACUCGAUGUUUCACGAAGGUAUAAAAAAAAUGGUAGAAGGUCGAGAAUUAUUCGUAUCAAAGGCAGUGCAGUCUGCAAUGAUCGAAGUCAAUGAACGUGGGACGAUGGCGGCUGCUGCAAGCGCUGUGGAUGUCAAUUUUUUAAACGCAGUAAUAUCUAAAAAGGAAGUGACAGCAGAUCAUCCGUUCCUAUUCACACUUGUGGCGAAAAAUCAACAGUUAUUUACAGGAAUUUUUACUGGUUCUCGGCAUCACUAGCACUAGAUAUGAGCCAAAUAACUGGUCGCGGGUCGUCCGGAGAAUUAAGUUUUUAGUUCGUACAGCCAAAAGCACGUGAAGCUUGACACUUUGUACUUUGGACCAUUGUUAUCGUAAGCGGCGUAGAGUUGGAUUUAAAAGUUGACAGCUUGACGUGCUCUUUACAUUACCAAUUAGCAUAUAGUAAAUUACUUCCAUUCCGAUCCGCAUUGAUGUAAAUUAAGCCAUUGUCUAACUUUUACGAGACAGACGAGCUACUGC